AGAGAGAGAGAGAGGAGUGCGGCUGAAUGUGAGCGACAUGUCGACAGUCAGCCUCUAAAGUGUUUUCUCGGUCAUUUCCUAAUUCUGUGGCGGCGGACUGAGUAAGUAUUUACCCGGAUCCCUGCGUCGCCGUGCGGAUCGCAGAGGCGAUUUUUGGAGCUGAGGAGAGAGAGAGAGAGAGAGAGAGAGGGAGGAAGAGACAGACAAUGUGGAAUGCGAUUGGACUGCGUUGCCCUGCCAAGGAUUUUCAUACAUAGCCUGCACGGACAGGGGCCGAUGCCGGGCCGGAGCCCCAGGCUGCUGAGCUGAGAGGGAGAAGCAGGAGGAUGCAGUGGGUCACUUUGGCGGUGGCCCUGGGGUGCGUGCACCUGUCCGGGGCCUCGCACUCCCCCACCCCCACCCCCACCUCCACACACACCCCUCUAGUGGACAACUCCGAGGAGGAAGUAGACGAGCCGUGCUUUGAGCCAUGCACGUGUGAGGUCAAAGAAGGCGUGCUGCACAUUCACUGCGACGGCCGAGGCUUCACUAACGUCAGCCAGGUGUCACAGUCGUGGGUCCGCCCUUUCAAACUCAACCUCCAGAGGAACUCUCUGAGACGUCUCUAUAGCAACGGGUUUCAGCACCUUGGCAACGCAGUCUCGCUAAACCUCGGCAACAAUGCGCUCCAGGAUAUCCGAGUGGGAGCUUUCCACGGGCUGGCCAAGCUCAGACGUCUGUACCUCCACGAAAACAAGCUGGAAGUCUUCAGAAACGACACCUUCUCCGGUUUAGAGGCCCUGGAAUACCUCCAGGCUGACUACAACGUGAUCAAACGCAUUGACAGUGGCGCUCUAAGGUUUCUCUACAAGCUCCGGGUCCUGAUCCUCAAUGACAACCUGAUCCCCGUCUUGCCUGCUCAUCUGUUCAGAUCUGUUUCUCUGACUCAUCUGGACCUGCGGGGAAACCGUCUGAAGAGCCUCGCAUAUGCUGGUACGCUGGAGUAUGUCGGCCGUUCCCUGAUGGAGCUGCAGCUCGAGGAGAACCCCUGGAAUUGUGGUUGUGAAGCGGUGCAGUUGCAGCAGUGGCUGGGGCAGAUCCCGUACACGGCUGUGGUCGGGGACGUUACCUGCGAAUAUCCCUUCCACCUUCACGGCAAGGACCUGAGGGAAAUCCCUCGCAAAGAGCUGUGCGCUGACCUCCCGGAUAAAGAAUUACAAGGAGAGGGAGGUGUUCCAUCAGGUGGCUCACAGCCCCAACAUUUGCCCCCAAACUCUAAGCCGAACUCUCAUCCAGGGCGAGUCAGACCGACUAAGCCCUCCUCCAUGGUCCACGGCUCCCGCCAGAAUACUCACAGCUCGUCCACUUCGUCCUCUUCUUCCUCAGCAGAGCGCAAAGAGAGGGAGAGACACCCAAAGCCAACGAAAAGGCCUCGACCCUCCAGAACAUCCCCCACCGCCCGCAGUUUGAUGCCCAACCACAACCCCCCUGUAGCUGGCUACCAGACGCGACCCCCUAUCCCCAUCAUCUGUCCGUUGGGCUGCACGUGCAACCUGCACAUCACAGAUCUGGAUUUGACUGUCAACUGCAAGGAGAGCGGCUUUCUCAACGUGUCCCAGCUCACGCCUCGGCCGCUCAAUGGACGCAAACUCUACCUUAGCGGGAAUUUAAUCCAGAGGAUCUACCGCACGGAUUUCUGGAACUUCUCCAGCCUGGACCUGCUUCACCUGGGCAACAAUCGCAUCUCCUAUCUCCAGGAGGGGGCGUUUUCCAGUCUGACGAACCUGAGGAGCCUCUACCUGAAUGGGAACAAUCUGGAGAGGCUCGGCCCUGACAUGUUUCUGGGGCUGCAGAACCUAAGGUACCUCUACUUUGAGUACAACGAGAUCCGUGAGGUCAAUCCUGGAACUUUUGACUCCAUGCCCUCCCUCCAGCUAUUAUUCCUCAACGCUAACCUCCUGCGGAGCCUCCCGCUGGGCGUUUUCUCCGGAGUUAAUCUAGCACGGCUCAAUCUGAGAAACAACCACCUUCUACAGCUUCCUCUGGAGGGCGUUCUGGAGCACCUCACCGGACUGGUGCAGGUGGACUUGCAACAGAAUCCGUGGGAGUGUAACUGCGAAGCAGCUCCACUGAAGCGUUGGCUGGAGGGGCUGAGUGCUGUAGUGGUGGUCGGAGAGGUGGUCUGCCAUUCACCUGAAAAGACCAAAGGCGUAGACCUCCGCUCCCUGUCUAUGGAGCUCCUUUGCCCAGAGCUAGAGCCCCAGGAGGACCAAGAGCAGGAGCAGCAGACAGCCACCUCCGCGGCCCCAGACAGAGCUGUAUCGGUUGGCUACCCCGGCUCAGGGCUGGGCCCCCUGAUCCCUCCGGGAAAAGACUCAAUCCCUCUGUCGGUUUUAGUGCUCAGCCUGCUGGUGCUGUUUGUUUCAGCGUUCUUCGCAGCAGCGGCACUAAUUGCCUAUGCCCUGAGGAGGAGGGACAAGCUGCCAUUCCGUCGCCAGGGAGAGGUUGAUUUGGCUGGAAUCCAGAUGGAGUGUGGCAUCUUUACGGAGCAGACUCACCACCACCAUCACCACAGCAUUCCAGAGACACCCUCCCUACCUCCAUCAGAACACAACCACGUGUACGACACCAUUCUGCCCCCAGAAUCAGCACCUAAAGGCCCCGGCCCUGCUUCCGACUCACAUAUUUGUAGCAACCCCAUCUACAAAGAGGAGCAGGCCACGGGGGGCAAACAGAGGCAACAGCAGCAGACGUUUCCAGCUUCCAAAGACAUUGAGGGCGGAUAUUCCUCAACAGCAGAGAAGGAGCGAGAAUGGACUCUGGAGGUGUCCUCGUCCCCCAUCAGCACCAUUGCUGGGGCGAUAGGACCCCUUGCCGGCCUCCAUGGGAAUGGGAUCCUCUGCCCCACAGUGAUCGACAGCCAGGGUCCGACUCCUAAAGUGGAACUGGUGGACUGCCUCUUCAGAAUACCUACCCCAGAGUUCAGAGACCUGCCCGACAGGUACGCGCGGCCACCACCGCGCUACCCUCACUCCCAGGACUCCACACAGGACUCCACUAAACCGGACCAAACCGCGGUGGUCACCACAGCCAGCUCGCCAGCAGACAGCAGUAACAUGAGGCAGAGCGAGCAGGGAGCAAGACUGAGGACAACACCAGAUUACAUGGAGGUUCUCGACCGGUCUUACCAGUUUUAACGCUCCUUCAUCUCGUCUUUCUCCUGCUCCUCUCAUCUCCUCAUCACUUCCCUCUCUGGUGAUGAAUUAUCUCAUAACAAAGACUCCUGUACAGAGGCUGACAUGACUUUGAGAGGAGCCCGUGGCAGGAGCGGCAGUAGUAUGUUUAGAAGAAGCCGAGGUCAGUUUUGCAUUUUCCCCACUUCUGGUGCAUAGGUUGGUAACUGAUCCCAGAUCUGAGCCUGCAGGCAAAUCCUCAGCUGCAGCUACUGAAGUAUUUGUUCCUCCAAUAAGCCUCACGGUCUGACAGAGCUGAGGCGGCGGGUUCCUUUUUUUCUUCCUCUGCACCACAGAGGGAGAAGGAUACAGCAGUGAGCGUUAGUGUUCAUAUUAUCACUCAUAAAAAGACCCGUGUGGAGGUGAAAUACACCAGCUUUUGCAACAUCAAACAUAAACUGUAAUGGCUGCAAGGUGUGGACGCGCUGGGCGAAGGAACGACAAAGCGACAGGGAGGGAAAUGACCGAAAACAGCCAAGUGCCUUAGCAAUGAACAGCCAGCAGUGUGGUCAAUGCUUAUUUUUCUAUGAAUACAGAUCUAUUUAUCUAAACAAAGUGGUUUAACUAGUCACGAAUGGAUGGGAAGCCGAUGGACGACUGAGACGCCAACCAAUCAACUCCGCUGAAUAAUUGCAUUUCCCUGGAUGAGCCAAAAAAAUAACAACGUGCCCAGUCAGUGUUGGAUUUGUUUGUAUGCAGUUCAGUUCAUUUCCACCUCAUCCAGUUAACUUGGUUUGCUUACACCCAGUUGAAUUUGAACAGGGGCUGCAGAUGGGGGGACAUGUCUGGACUAAUCGGGAACAGCUUGGGAGCUGUGUGAAAGGAAAUGAAGGUUCAACUUGAAUUUGUGUGGAAGAAAAGACAGGGAAAUUAUUAAUAUUAUUAUUUUGUGGAAUGUAAGUGAAAGCCAUCGUAGGACAGCGAGACAUUGUGGCAACGGAUGCACUUUGGAUUACUAAACCGCCCGGACUUAAUGGGGCUACAAGGACCUCUGCUUCCCGUUUACUUUCAUCGGCCAAAGGCGCUGAGGUCAAUGUAUUGAUUUUAUUUCUCAAAGGAAAUUUUAAUGGCAUUAAAUGACGGACAAAAUCCAGGAUACGAAGGCCUUUUUUUGUUUGUUUUUUUUGGAAAGAGAAACAUUUCAACCAAUUAUCGCUUAUUAUCUUUUUCUGGAGGUACCUUUUUAUGCUUUCAUCUCCUCCCAAUAGUAGAGGCAGUUGUGAAUAUAUUUAUUCUUAGUUUUUUGCGUGUUGAAGCUCUCCUGUUAAGGGAUCAUGUUAUAUUAAUGUAUAGGAUGAUUCUGCAUCUGAUUCAGCCUUCUUACCGCCGACCCGCGAAAAUACAAUAAAGGGUGCUACAGAA